AUGGCGGAUUCGUCCGGAACCACUUUAAUGGAUCUGAUAACGGCCGACCCGGGACCGGCGUCGUCCGCCUCUGGAUCCACGGCCAACGCGACUCCUUCGUCCGCAUCGGCUUCCGCCGCUGCUUCGCAGUUGCCAUCAGUUCCAAUGACGACCACGUCUUCGUCGUCGUUGGGGAAGACCAUUUUGGGGGAGAAGAAGUCUAAGAGGGCGACGCUUAUGCAGAUCCAAAACGAGACCAUUUCUGCUGCUAAAGCUGCAUUGCAACCCAUGAAGACCAAUAUCAUGCCCCAGAAGCAAAAGAAAAAGCCAGUUUCUUAUUCACAACUUGCACGGAGCAUCCAUGAACUAGCUGCUACGUCUGAUCAGAAAAGCUCGCAGAAGCAGCUGGUGCAUCACGUGUUUCCAAAACUUGCGGUGUACAAUUCAGUUGAUCCAUCACUUGCACCAUCACUUCUCAUGUUAAAUCAGCAGUGUGAAGAUCGAACUGUCUUACGCUAUGUCUACUACUACUUGGCUAGAAUUUUAUCAGACAAUGGUGCUCAAGGUUUGAGUACUGGUGGUGGGAUCCCUACUCCUAACUGGGAUGCUCUGGCAGAUAUUGAUGCUGUUGGGGGUGUGACAAGGGCUGAUGUUGUGCCGCGAAUAAUUGAACAGCUCUCUGCUGAGGCCUCAAACGUUGACACUGAGUUUCACGCAAGGAGGUUGCAAGCAUUGAAAGCUCUUACUUAUGCUCCUUCAAGCAACUCCGAUAUAUUGGCCAGAUUGUAUGAGAUUGUGUUUGGCAUUCUUGAUAAGGUUGCUGAUACUCCUCAAAAACGGAAGAAAGGUGUCUUUGGCACUAAAGGCGGCGAUAAGGAGUCCAUCAUCCGGAGUAAUUUGCAAUACGGGGCACUGAGCGCACUCAGAAGACUUCCUUUGGAUCCUGGGAACCCAGUCUUUUUGCAUCGUGCUGUUCAGGGGGUUUCAUUUGCAGAUCCUAUUGCUGUGAGGCAUGCACUGGAGAUUAUCUCAGAGUUAGCUAUGAAGGAUCCUUAUGCAGUGGCAAUGGCAUUGGGAAAAGUUGUGGUUCCCGGAGGGGCUCUGCAGGAUGUUCUUCAUUUGCAUGAUGUGCUUGCUAGAGUUGCAUUGGCUAGGUUGUGCCAUACUGUUUCGAGAGCUCGUGCACUGGAUGAGAGGCCGGAUAUUAAAUCACAAUUUAAUUCAUUACUCUAUCAACUGCUGCUGGAUCCAAGUGAAAGAGUAUGCUUUGAGGCAGUCUUGUGCAUAUUGGGAAAGUAUGACAGCACAGAGAGAACCGAAGAACGGGCUGCUGGCUGGUACCGGCUAACCAGGGAGAUGUUGAAGUUACCAGAAAACGACUCAAAGUCUUCAAAAGAUAAAUCUCAAAAGACGAGGCGUCCACAACCUUUAAUUAAACUUGUGAUGAGAAGACUAGAAAGUUCUUUCCGAAGUUUCUCUAGGCCUGUCCUUCAUGCAGCAGCGAGAGUUGUACAGGAGAUGGGAAAAAGUCGAGCUGCAGCAUUUUCUGUUGGCUUGACUGAUAUUGAUGAAGGAGUUAGCAUCAAUGAGUUUGCUGAUGAUGAUUUUAUUGAAAAUCCUUAUGCAGAUGGUGCUCGUAAGGCCUCUUCUAUGUCAGGUUCAACUGGUAGCAAGGAAACAAUUGCAAGUUUAUUAGCUUCUCUGAUGGAGGUCGUUCGGACAACUGUUGCCUGUGAAUGCGUUUAUGUUCGAGCAAUGGUGAUCAAGGCAUUGAUAUGGAUGCAGCUUCCAUAUGAAUCAUUUGAUGAGCUAGAAUCCAUCAUUACAUCCGAGCUUUCUGAUCCAGCUUGGCCAGCUGCUCUAUUGAACGAUAUUUUGCUUACAUUGCACGCUCGUUUUAAGGCAACUCCAGAUAUGGCUGUAACCCUGCUUGAAAUUGCUCGGAUCUUUGCUACUAAAGUUCCGGGGAAGAUUGAUGCUGAUGUGUUACAACUACUAUGGAAAACAUGUCUUGUUGGUGCUGGUCCUAACGGUAAGCAUACUGCCUUGGAAGCAGUCACUAUUGUUCUUGAUCUACCACCACCACAGCCUGGGUCACCAUCAGGAGUGACCCCAGUGGAUAGAGUAUCUGCAUCUGAUCCAAAGUCAGCUCUGGCAUUGCAAAAAUUAGUCCAAGCAGCAGUGUGGUUCCUUGGUGAAAAUGCAAAUUAUGCUGCUUCUGAGUAUGCUUGGGAAUCUGCAACCCCUCCUGGUACUGCAUUGAUGAUGUUAGAUGCAGAUAAAAUGGUUGCUGCUGCCAGUUCUCGUAACCCCACACUUGCUGGUGCCUUGACAAGAUUACAGAGGUGUGCUUUUAGUGGCAGCUGGGAGGUCCGAAUUGUUGCUGCUCAAGCCCUUACAACUAUGGCAAUCAGGUCUGGCGAGCCUUAUAGGCUGCAGAUUUAUGAAUUCUUGAAUGCAUUAGCACAGGGUGGUGUACAGUCUCAAUUGUCAGAAAUGCAUCUGAGUAAUGGGGAAGAUCAAGGUGCCAGUGGGACCGGUCUUGGGGUGUUGAUUAGUCCCAUGAUAAAGGUUCUUGAUGAGAUGUACAGGGCACAAGAUGAACUAAUCAAGGAUAUACGCAACCAUGAUAAUACGAAUAAAGAAUGGACAGAUGACGAAUUGAAGAAACUUUAUGAAACCAAUGAGAAGCUGCUAGACAUUGUUUCACUGUUCUGCUAUGUUCCCCGAGCAAAGUAUCUACCCCUGGGACCAAUAAGUGCAAAACUCAUUGAUGUGUAUCGCACAAAGCACAACAUAACUGCGUCAACCGGUUUGAGUGAUCCAGCCGUCAUCGCAACCGGGAUCUCUGACCUGGUUUAUGAAUCUAAGCCAGCUCCUGCAGAAUCUGAUGGGCUUGAUGAUGACCUGGUAAAUGCUUGGGCAGCAAACCUUGGAGAUGAUGGCUUGAUGGGAAAGAGUGCACCUGCAAUGAGCAGGGUAAAUGAAUUUCUCGCUGGGAUGGGUACGGAUGCCCCUGAUGUGGAUGAAGAGAAUAUUGUUUCUAGACCUUCAGUUGGCUAUGAUGAUAUGUGGGCAAAGACACUCCUAGAAUCAUCAGAACUAGAGGAAGAAGAUGCUAGGUCAUCAGGUUCCUCUUCCCCUGAUUCAAUAGGGUCGGUUGAAACUUCAAUUUCGUCACACUUUGGUGGAAUGAACUAUCCUUCACUUUUCAGUUCAAAGCCAACCAGUUACGGGACAUCACAAACCUCGGAGAGAUCAGGUGGCAACAGAUAUGGCAGCUCCUCAUCUAUUUAUGAGGGUGCAAGUUCUCCAAUUAGAGAAGAACCGCCAUCAUAUGCAUCUUCAGUAAUGCAAAGACACGAUUCGUUUGAAAACCCCAUGGCUGCUCCUGAAUCAUCCAGUUUUGAGUCUGAGGAUGAAAGCCGCCGCAACACCUCGGGAAACCCUCAAUUUGGAUCGGCCCUAUACGACUUUACUGCAGGCGGAGAUGACGAGUUGAGUCUAACAUCCGGGGAAGAGGUCGAAAUCGAGUACGAGGUUGAUGGGUGGUUCUAUGUAAAGAAGAAGCGUCCUGGAAGGGAUGGCAAGAUGGCUGGUUUGGUCCCUGUUCUCUAUGUCAAACCUCGUUGA